AGCCUGGUAGCACGCAACAUGAGUUGUAAACUAGUUGCAGUAUUUCUAACCAUCAUCGCGAUCACCAUUGCUGAAGUAACCGUCUUCAGGAGAUGUGAGAAAGAGUCCCAAGAUUCCUGCACGGUCACCGAACUACGGAUCACUCCUUGCGGGAAGUCACCUUGCCCGUUGAAGAAAGGUCGCAAUGCCUCCCUAUCAUUUGACUUCACGCCAAAUUUCGCAACGUCGAAACUGAAUACAGCAGUAUACUGGGCAGAUGAUGCAUCCGAGACUCCUUUUAAUACAGUCGGUAUCGCUGACGGAUGUCUUUACGCCACAUGUCCUGUAGUCGCAGGCACUCCUAACACUCUGAGCUACUCUCUCUACAUAGGAAAGAAACUACCCAAUGGUAAAUACUGGUUCCGAUGGAAGCUCUGGAACGUGGACGACCCAAACCAAUUGUGCUGCUUCGAGACACACGUGCAACUAAAAAAAUAG